GUCGCUCCGGAAGCCCGCGAGUUCCGGAAACCUUGGGGCGAGCGAGUGGAGCUCGGAAAAGCCUCUGCUUCCCGGGAAGCGUUUCCGGAAAAGUUGCACGGAGCUCGGGCGUUUCGCACCCUGGUCAGAUACCAAGUGCAACCACACUGAUAAUUAAAAACUGGGAAGAUCAUUCUUGUUGGACUGUCUCCUAUUCCUAACUAAUAUGAAGCCAGGAUUUUACAGAAUAACUUGCAGCAAAACUCCCUACUGCCAUAACCAUCGACUUGCAAACUCUUGAAGGAGGUAGAAAAGGGGAAAGGAAAGGUCACCCAGGAAGCCUCUGGCCUUGUGAAGGCCCCCAAGGCAGGCAUGGCUUCGGGAGAAAAGUUGAAGAGGACAGACAGAGUGCUAAGAGUCAGUCAGCUGGACGCGCUGGAGCUGAACAAGGCCCUGGAGCAGCUCCUUUGGUCCCAGUUUACCCAGUGCUUCCACGGGUUCAAGCCAGGCCUGUUGGCCCACGUGGAGCCAGAAGUGAAGGCGCUCCUGUGGCUGCUCUUGUGGCGAUUCACCGUCUACUCCAGAAACGCCACCGUGGGGCAGUCGGUUUUGAAUAUCCAGUACAAGAAUGACCUGUCCUCCAACUACCAGCCCCCGACCAAGAGCCAGAAGCUCUGGUACGCCGCCUGCACGGUGGGCGGGACGUGGCUCGAGGAACGCUGCUACGACCUGUUCCGGAACCACCACUUGGCGUCGUUCGGGAGAGUGAAGCAGUGCCUCAACGUCACCAUCGGGCUCUUCAAGUUAGGAGGGCUGAUUAACUUCCUGGUGUUCCUUCAGAGAGGCAAGUUCGCCACCUUGACGGAACGCCUCCUGGGCAUCCACUCGGUGUUCUGUAAGCCCCAGAGUGCCCGUCAGGUCAGCUUUGAGUACAUGAACAGGGAACUGCUCUGGCACGGCUUCGCCGAGUUCCUGAUUUUCCUCCUACCCCUGAUCAAUAUCCAGAAGCUGAAGGCCAAGUUGUCUUCCUGGUGCAUCCCUGUGAGCGGUGCCCCCAACGGUGACAGUGUGUUAGCCACCAGUGGCAAAGAAUGCUCUCUGUGUGGAGAGUGGCCCACCAUGCCGCACACCAUCGGCUGCGAGCACAUCUUCUGUUACUACUGUGUCAAGAGCAGCUUUUUGUUUGACAUCAACUUCACGUGUCCCAAGUGUGGCUCAGAGACGCAGAGUGUGCAGCCAUUGAAAUCGGGGAUUGAAAUGUCAGAAGUGAAUGCUCUCUAGUCACGUCAAGUGCUUUCUCUGAAGAAAAUGGUAUCAUUAUGUCUAGAUCCUUCAUCGUCAUCACCCCAUUUUUUAGAUGUCUCUAAGAGGGUGUGGGUUGCUCAGUUACUAAGUUACCAUCUUCUCUCUUUUCAGGUUUUACUGAACUCUUAUCAUAAAAAAACCAUGUAAUGCUAAAUAUAUUAUGAAAAUACCUUUUUUAAACAAAAAAUCAUUGCAUUAAAUGUUAAUGUCAUGAAUAAUGCGUAGUUGUUUUUUUGUUGUUAGAUGACCACUAGGAAUAUAUUUUCAUUUUGCUGCUCCUAAAAAGAGGUUAAACUUUAAAAAUAAAAGAGUUUGGAGACUCUGGAA